AAGUCUGAAGACGACCCAGCUGGUGGCCAACUUUCGCCUUUCUUCUCCAUCAUCACCGCCUCCCCCAUUCUAUCCUUCCCCACUAGCCUGCCUGCCUUUUCCGAUCAGCAUCAUCAUCAAAUGGGCCAUAUUUUCCUCCUCCUGGUAGUCCUCCUGCUCACUUCCACGCGAGCCACCGCCGCCGUCCAUGCCAGAGCUUCCGCCAUUGAGGAGGCGAGCUUUGCAGGCAUCAGGGGCGUGAUCGGAUCCCGGCCGCCGAGCUGCGCGGGGAGGUGCAGGUCCUGUGGCCACUGCGAGGCAGUGCAGGUGCCCGUAUCUCCGCAGCAGCUGCAGAGGAAGAAGAAGGAGGGUCUCGGCCAUAGCAGCAGAGCUGCUGCUGCUGCUGCUACCACCGGUGGAAGAGCAAUGCCGGCCUCCUACGACGACCACUCCAACUAUAAGCCGCUGAGCUGGAGAUGCAAAUGUGGGCGGCACAUCCUCGACCCUUGAAACGCCAGCACCGGUCGAUCGCAACGGAAGCAAUCUGCUUGUGGAUAUAAUGUAAUAAUAGUAUAGGAUCUCUUUUGGAUUUGGUGAUUUGUUUUCUGCUUCCUCUUAUGAUGGAGGUGCUGUCCCUUUUGGCUAUGGUAAUCACUCUACUGGAGAAACGUAUGCUCCAGCUUCCCCUUUGUAGUGACAAGCGUAUGCUCCUUCUGAGUUACAAGGAUGUUUUGCUGUCAGUUAACUCGACUCUGCUGCACUAAUUUUGUUCAAUCUUGGUUCCCCUAUCAUGGCAUCCAAACUAGGUAUUUUUGUU